CUUCUUCUCCUUCUUUUUCUCAAAUUCUUAUCCCUUUUUAUAGAGAGACACUCGAAACAAAAUUUUACGUAUUUAUAUACGGAGGUGAUAGCGGCGGCGCUGGUGGCGGUUGUACAAUCGGAAUUCAGAUCGGCGAUCUAAUGGCUGAAGACAAGUAUAACCUCAAGAAUCCGGCGGUGAAGAGGAUCUUACAAGAGGUUAAGGAAUUGCAAUCCAAUCCUUCCGAUGAUUUCAUGAGCCUACCACUCGAGGAGAAUAUAUUUGAAUGGCAAUUUGCAAUUAGGGGUCCAAGGGAUUCUGAAUUUGAAGGAGGGAUUUAUCAUGGAAGGAUUCAAUUGCCUGCUGAGUAUCCAUUUAAGCCCCCUUCAUUUAUGUUGCUCACCCCAAAUGGACGUUUUGAAACGCAGACUAAGAUUUGCUUGAGUAUAUCGAAUCACCACCCGGAGCAUUGGCAACCAUCUUGGAGUGUGCGGACUGCUCUAGUGGCAUUGAUUGCAUUCAUGCCCACCAGCCCAAACGGUGCGUUAGGUUCUCUAGAUUAUACUAAGGAAGAGCGGCGUACCCUUGCUGUCAAAUCUCGUGAAUCACCACCUAAAUACGGGAAUCCAGAACGUCAGAAACUUAUCGAUGAGAUACAUGAAUAUAUGUUAAGCAAGACUCCCAGUGUUCCUCAACAUAGUCCUUCAAAAUCCUCAGAAGAACACCCUACCGAAGCCAAAACUGAAGCCGAGGCAGAGGCCAAUCAGCAAGAUUCCGUUACUGUGGGUGCCGGGAAUCCCGGAAUCCCUAAUCCAACAUUAAAUGAAAGGGUUGUCGAAGAACCACCUGUGGCUCCCGCCAAUGCUUAUCCAUAUCCUGUUGCCAUGAGGCUAGUGAGAGAGAUCCCUGGUGAGGGACUAAGUAACCAACCACUACGAAGGCCGGAGAUAAGGGUUCAACGAUCCGUUGUUGAUGACCGCUUAUUUACGUGGGCUGCCGUCGGACUUACCAUUGCUAUUUUGGUUCUUUUGUUCAAGAAAUACAUCAAAUCUAGUGGACAUGGUGCUGUUUUCAUGGAUGGUUCAUAGUUCUAGCAACAUCAGCUCAAUAAGGAAGAAAGAAAUCUAUCAGUAUAUUUGUUUAAAUCUUAGCAUGGGAUUAAUUUGAAAGUAUAAUAUUCAGCUUUUUGUAAUUAAUGGUGUGUUUAAUCAAUCAAUUAUCUUAUGUAAGCAUGACCAAUACAAUUAUAAAUUUGGUUUUAAAAUGCAAUAUUAUAAAAAAGUAUAUAAUAAAUGUUAAA